AUGAGGAAUCCAAAGACAAAAUUUUUAAUCAAAAUUAUUUUUUUCGUAACCAUUUUCAUAUGUAAUGUAAUUGGUAGUUUUAUACCGGAAGGCCGAGCUGGCCAAGAAGCAAUAUUAAUAGGAACUCAAUUAUAUUUUAUGGGAGGAUCUCGUACAAUUCCAUCCUCGAAUCCUAUUAAGAGCAAUAUAAGAGGAUAUAAUUUAUCGGAUGAAGUCUUCUUCUUGGAUCUUUCAAGCGCUUUCUCUACAAAUAAUCCACCAUUUGUGGAUCUUUCUGAUGCUGGUGCACGAAUGGAAUUUGGAAAUGAAAAAGGGUCAGUAGUACUCGGUGGAGCAAACAAGGAUAAUGUGUAUCUCGUUGGAGGCACACAGCAAGACCUUGCACUUCUUAAUAAAGAUGAUCAGAAUAAAACGAUAACCUCGAAUCAAACGUUAAUGAUAGAACAAAUAUUUAAUACUUACAACGCGACGGAUCAAAUGAUUUUUCUUUAUAGACCUGCAUCACGAGCUUGGAGUACGCUUGGGCAAGGAGUUAUCGGAACUCAACCGACUAGACGUAGAACAACUUCAACAGUUAUUGAUCAGAAUGGAAAAAUAUAUAUAUUCGGAGGAAGAGUUGAAUUUGAUAUGUUUUCGCAUACACUUAUUUUAUACAAUGAUUUAUAUACUUUUGACACAACAUUGAUAAAAUGGGAAAAAAUUGAUGCAGCUAAUGCACCUUCGGCUCGAAGUCAUGCUACUCCAAUAUUACUUCCAAGUGGCAAGAUUCUUUACAUUGGAGGUGUUACCCAGUCCGCACCCGGAGUUCAAACUAAUUUAUUACCAAUGACCGAACCCAGAGUUGGCCAUACAGCAACAUUAACACCAAAUAAUAAAACAAUUAUUAUAUUGGGUGGAACAACAAGCUACGUAUUAAACCAAACUGUUCCUCAACCUAAUUAUUUAUCAUUAGAUAUUUCAAAAGAACCUUAUCAAUAUUCUGAGCUAAAACUUUCUGGAAAUAACCCACCUUAUUUAUCAUUUCAUACUACUACAUUAUAUAGCAAUUACAUGAUCGUUGCCUUUGGCAACAUUACAAAUGAUGCAUCACCAUCAUAUGAAACUAGCCCAAAUAUAUAUUUAUUGGACGUCAAUUGUCUUGCGUGGGCAAACAAAUUUUCAACUGAUAGUUCUAGUUGCCCUACACCUUCACCGUCUUCACCAUCACCAUCAGGACCAAGUAUUGGAUUGAUUGUUGGCUUAGUACUUGUAGGACUUUUUGCAAUAGUAGUGGUGGCAGCAAUUAUAUGGUUUAUACAAAAAAAAGUGAAAAAAAGGAAAAAAUCGAAUAUAUUGAAUGCGUAUCCGAGUAAUGGGUAUCCGAGUAAUGGGUAUCCGAGUAAUGGAUAUCCGAGUAAUGGAUAUCCGAAUGGGUAUCGUGCGGAAUCAUGCGCAUAA